AUGAAAAUUCCCUAUAAAAGAGCAAGUUUUGACAGACAGUUCACAUUAGCUCUUGAGGAUGGUUGUUGUCUGCAUGGGGACUGUGAGGAUGUCCCAGAUGUGGAUGCUGAGAUGGGUCGUCCUACUGCUGGGGCUCCAGCUGACACAAGCAGCUCUGCCUUUGACACAGUCUCCCAUGAAUUGCUUAUUUCUCGUCUCUCAGAUUUGGGUAUUUCUGUGUUCCCUGACAUGACAAAUGUGAUCGUAACUACAGUUGCACCAAAUCCUGAUCAUCAGUCCACGAUCUGUAGCACAUGGGGAAAUUUCCACUUCAAGACCUUCGAUGGUCAUUUCUUUCAAGUGCCAAACACGUGCAACUACAUUCUGGCUGAGUUGUGCAACAGCAAGUAUUUUAGCAUUGAAAUGCAAAAAAAGAUAGUAAAUAACUCAGUCAUUUUCAGCAAAAUCACUGUCAAUCUGGAGGGCACAGUCAUUGAACUCACCAGCAACAACAUCAUCAUGGAUAACAAAAUUGAACUUCCGAAAAAGUACCAAAGCCAGACCUGUGGACUUUGUGGAAACUUCAACGGCAACAAGACUGAUGAUUCAUUUGACAACGGUUUGGCCACAUGGAAAGUGUUACCAACUGAAUCCUGUGAGGUCUUAAUUCAUCCUAAUGAUCAGUGCAAAAACCAGACAAACAUUUGCCAGCAGCAUCUCAGCAGGCCAGGGUUUAGUGACUGCUACAGGGUGAUGGACAUGAGUUCAUUUGAAAAAGCCUGCGAAGACGAUCUGUGUCAGUGUUACGGCAAUGACGACUGUCUCUGCAACACGCUCACAGAGGUUUCACGACUGUGCACACAUGCUGGAGGAGAACCAGGAACAUGGAGGACAGAACAGCUCUGUCCAAAGACGUGUCCUCCGAGCAUGCAAUACCUUGAGUGUGGGAAUCCAUGCAAGAACACCUGCUCAGGUCCAGAUGCAAGUGUACUGUGUAAAGAACACUGUGUGGACGGCUGUUUCUGCCCUCUUGGUAUGGUUGAGGAUGACAUUGGUCACAGUGGUUGUAUUCCUGUGAACAAAUGCCUUUGUGUGCACAACGGCACAGUAUAUCGAUCAGGAGAGUCUUACAAACAAACUUGCAAAAAAUGUGUGUGCUCCGCUGGACACUGGACUUGUACAUACCUGGAAUGUCCCGGAAUUUGCUCUGUUGUUGGAGGGUCUCACAUCACCACUUAUGAUGGAAAGACCUUCACCUUCAGCGGCAACUGUGACUACAUCCUCACUAAGCGCUCUAAUGACAGUGAUAUUGCUGUCAUGGGAAACCUGGCAAAGUGUGAUCGGACCCGAUCAGACACAUGUCUAAAUUCAGUUACCCUCAUCAUCCCAGGGACCACUAUUCAUUUUUCCUCCAAUGGUGUUGUGACACUGAAUAAAGAUGGUCCAUAUAAGCUUCCUGCCACCACAGGUCCUGUGAGCAUUUUUAAGCCCUCUUCCUCCUUCAUCAUUGCUGAUAUGAAGAGUCUUCGUCUAGAAAUCCAGUUGGCUCCAGUUAUGCAGUUGUAUAUUGUUGCCAACCCUGACGAGAAAGGAAAGAUGAGCG